AAAUAUACAUGUGAGUCAGACAUAAAGGCAAACUUACAGAAACAGAGACAGAAACAGAUCGAGUGGCAGACGGCAAACAGAUGAGUGUGGGGCAGGUGGAUUAGAAGAUAACACUCACACGCACACACACAAAUAUGCCCAAGUACAUUCAGAGUUUAUUCAGCUGCAGUCUAUGGAGAUUGUCUCACAUCCUCCCACAUACAGAUAGAUGUACAUAUGCUAUCGGGGCCACCGUGCACAUCAGAACCUGCAGGGAGGAUGCCACACAGAAUGAGAGCGAUGCAGCGACUGUAAUUACUGUAAUUUCGCCCGUCGUAAUUACUGAACUCACUUCCACCCUCUUUGCUUUUUAAGAGACACAUUAGUACUCCCUCUUCCACUGGAGUCCCCAAAAUAUGGCAAAGUGGCUGACAUGAAAAGAAGGGGAAAAACGGUCUCUUUAAAGCAAGAGCGUGAAAACCUUUGAAGGGAGUUGCUGCUCUAUAGAGAGAGUGGAGAGUCCCUUUAAGAGCUGACUUGCAGCUGCAGGAAACGGCAGAACAAGACAAGUUACAUGGAUACUGAUGUUCCCUUAUUGAUUCUGACAAGGCAUUCAUUUGUUGAGAGGCGAGAUGAUGCCUCGCGGUGUACGUGGCUUAAGUGUGCGAUUUGACCUCAAAUCAAGGACAGCUGCCAAUUACAAACAGUGUGGGCCGCCUUUGUUCUUUUCUAAUUGCUUGUCUGUUGAUCUCAUAGCGUGGAGAGAGAUGGGCUCAUAUACAGACAUGCCGGUCUCAUUUGGUUUCUUUAUGCUGCUGCAGGUGGCUGAUAAACACAUCUCACUUUAACAUUUGCUCCCUCUACAAUGGUGUCAUCCUGUGAUUUUAAUUACUUCCAUGUCUCCACAUAGCAUUCAAAGCACCAUGUCCUCACGACCUAUAACUAUAGUGUCCUCUGGGAGGAGCACGAAGCUCGACUACAAUGGGAUGAGAAUGUACAGCACUCAGCUCUCCUCGCAGCCCAAACUCGCGCUGGAGGAGGACAGCGAGUCCGGCAUCGGCUCCACCCUUGACCUCAGUGGCAGCUUUGACGGCUACAGCCAACAUACCAAUCACCACUUUAACACACCUUCACUCAGGGAGGCAGACAGACUCCCCAUAGAGAAAGGUAGCUCUCCUCAGACCACAGCAGUGACUCUGAACAAGAUCAGACAGCUCCUGAUCAGUCUGUCCAAGAUCCCUCUCCUCUUCAUCCUCCUCUUUCUCUUUGUUUGCUCCUUGGACACUCUGAGCUCAGCCUUCCAGUUAGCAGGGGGUAAAGUGGCAGGGGACAUUUUCCAGGACAAUGCGGUGCUGUCUAACCCUGUGGCGGGGCUGGUGGUGGGGAUCUUGGUUACUGUGCUGGUCCAGAGCUCAUCAACCUCCACCUCUAUUGUUGUCAGUCUGGUGGCCUCUGGACUGUUAGAAGUGAGGUUGGCUGUUCCAAUCAUUAUGGGCUCCAAUAUUGGGACUUCAGUCACGAACACCAUAGUGGCCAUGAUGCAAGCAGCAGAGAGGACCGAGUUUCAACGUGCCUUCGCUGGGGCAACAAUCCACGACUGCUUCAACUGGCUGUCGGUGUUGGUCCUGCUGCCACUGGAGGUGGUGAGCGGCCUCAUGACCCACCUGUCCCACCUGCUGGUCACCAGCUUCAGGCUCCAACCUGGGGAGGAUGCACCUGAGCUGCUCAAGGUCAUCACUGAGCCAGUCACCAAGCUUAUCAUACAGCUAGACAAGUGUGUGAUCACAGGGAUCGCCAUGGGAAAUGAGGACAUGAGGAACAGGAGCCUGGUGAAAGAAUGGUGCCAGACUGACCUUGUUAUGUCCACAGACAAUGUGAGCACUGAAAACUGUGGCCCCAGUCAUAACUUGUCCCAGCCAUCAGUGAAGUGUAGGCAUUUAUUUGUUUCUGCCCCGCUGUCAGACCUCACCGUGGGGCUGAUUCUCCUGGCAGCCUCCCUGGCUGUCCUCUGCACCUGUCUGCUGCUUCUGGUCAAGCUGCUCAACUCUCUUCUUAAAGGCCAAGUAGCAAAGGUCAUCCAUAAAGUCAUCAACACAGACCUGCCAUAUCCGUUUGCGUGGCUGGCAGGAUACAUGGCCAUGUUUGUGGGUGCAGGCGUGACAUUUGUGGUCCAGAGUAGCUCUGUCUUUACUUCAGCCAUGACUCCCCUAGUGGGCAUCGGCGUAAUCAGUCUGGAGCGGGCUUAUCCUCUCACCCUCGGGUCCAACAUUGGCACCACUGCCACGGCCCUGCUGGCAGCUCUGGCCAGUCCCGGGAAUAAGCUAGCAGCUGCCAUACAGAUUUCUCUGUGUCACCUAUUCUUCAACGUCUUUGGCAUUCUGCUGUGGUAUCCUCUUCCUUUUAUGCGUCUGCCGAUAAGGAUGGCCCGUGUACUGGGUGAGCGCACCGCCAAGUACCGCUGGUUUGCAGUCUUGUACCUUCUCCUUUGCUUCUUGCUCCUUCCCUCCCUGGUGCUGGGCCUCUCACUGGCUGGCUGGCGGGUGAUGGCCAGCGUUGGGGCUCCUUUCCUUGGUGUGACCGUCUUCAUCGCCAUGGUAAAUGUGUUGCAGUCCCGCAGUCCCCGUCACCUGCCCGCCAAGCUCCAGAACUGGGACUUCUUGCCCCAGUGGAUGCACUCUCUCAAACCGCUUGACCGCCUGAUCACCAAGGCGACAGUCUGCUGCAGACCGGCGUGUCAGGAGGGGAAGGGAGAGGAGGUAGAGGAGCGCAUCACGACACAGGCAACCUCUGUCAACCAAAAGAAGAAGCCCGACCAGCAGAAGACACAGCUGGCAUAUGACAACCCAGUCCUGGACUACCUGGAUGAGAACAGACCAGGUGUGCGGGUUCUGAAGUUAAAAGGACUGGAGAGGUGCAACAGCACUCCACUGUAGUUGGACUGACAACAGAGCCUAUUUCAUACUCCAUUUUGUAAAUAUCAAGGAAUGAGUAGGAUUGAGAAAAGCCAUUUUGUAAUGCUUUGGAAGUAAAACCAUUUCUAAUUAUUAAUCGGCUGAUCAUUAGAGAUAACUUCCCACAGCCAGGAUAAGUAUCAUGAGAUCAGUAUGAGACUUUAGUUCAGAACAACAUCAGCUGAGAAUCAACUGAGCUCUGCAACAGAGCCAGAGCCAAAGCUGUGGUUCACAAGUUUCCAUCUUUUAAAACUCAUGGUGAAAACGACAAAACAGUUGCACCUUAAGGUCUGUUAAGUAAUUGUUCUGGAGCUUUCCACCAUAUCACAUGAUCUUCAUCAGCAGUAGAAUGUGAUUAGUUCUCACAGAGAGAGUGACAUUCCCAUUUUCCCUGAACACUUUAAGGACUUCUUAUCAGUGUUCAGCUUUCAUCUAUAUGGGCAAACUCUAUCUGCUGAUGAAGCUCCAGAACAGUUACUGAAUGGACCUAAAUGUUUGAUGUGAUGAACAUAUAACACACAAACUGCAUAAAAUAAAGCACAACUUUGUGACUGCACUAAAGGAACCCAGUGGAGCUUUUGACCACUAGUAGCUCUCUGGAGCAGUGUUUUAAUGAAUGGGUCCCCAUGUUAUUUGGAUACUUGCAUGUGCAUUAGAAUGAACAUACACAUGAUUCACUUCCUAGCCUCAGUUUAAUACAGGAUUAAAUGCCUCACACAUUUGGGCUGUUAAGACACAGACAGAACAUUUUGAUGAGAAACAUUAAAUGUUAACAGAACUUUUUCUUGUUUGCAUAUAAAGAAACUCCUUGGGGGCAGCUUUAACUAGCCAAUAAUAUUUCUUGCUGCAAAUGUAUUCACUUAUCAGUUUCAGUGGAUAAUUUAGAAGGAAUCUGACAACAUGGCCAGAACAGCCACAGUGUUCUAGGCCAAUGCUCAGACAGUAACCACGCUCAGUGAAUGUCCAGUCAUGUGUAGGAAGGGAUUAUGUUAAGACUGAGUAUAAAACUAGUCAUUGUUUAUUCUUAAUUUUCAGAAAGAAUCUGAGAAACUUAAUCAAUUUAGUUACUGUCAAGAGCAGACAGAAAGGAAAGGAAACCAGCACUGUUGUUAGCCUAUAGUCUUCUGACAAGACAACCUUAUUACUAUGUGGAUAGACAUCUGAUUAUUAUGUUAAAAGACAAUGUACCCACUUGUUAUAUAAGUGUUAGUGGGCGACUGAAUUAUACACUACAAAGCAUUCAAAAAAUCAUCACAUUAACUUCUUGAUGUUAUCUACAAAGGAGUGUAUGAAUGUGCUGUAGCUUGUGUGUGUGAGUUUGUGUGUAUUACGCUUGUGUCUAAGUGGGUGAGUAUGUACACUCGGGAGGUGUUGUUGAAUGUGUGAAUAUGUGCUGUUUUCUCGUCUGCAUUGUAACAGUUGAUCGAGCGUUUAAGAAAUGUUGACUCUUAACAGUCUGUGGAUGUAAUUAGAGAAUAAAGUCAAGACUCUUUCACUUA